UCUCUGGACGGAUUUCACUUCUGUUCAGCCGCCAUGAAGCUGACGGUACUGCUGCUGGCUUCCUUUGUUCUCUCACAGAGCUCGGCCUUCGAGUUUAUUAUCGAUGGCGAGUGGGACACUGAAAUGUCGGAUCACGACGAUCGUCACCAUGAUAGUCUCAGAUACAGGAGGAAUGUAUUGAUCAGUGAGGAGGAGGAGGACUUUGAGGCCAUUCGUGGACAUGAUAUCACAGUUAAGAGCUAUAAAGUGGAGAGCAGGAUCACAUCGCGGUUCACGUACACCACCGUGAGGAGCUCAGUGGUGAACUCCGGCCCCAACUCACAGAGCAUCGGCUUCAACGUUCAGAUCCCCAAACGAGCCUUCAUCAGCAACUUCACCAUGAAUGUGAAUGGGAUCAUGUUUGUCGGCUCAGUGAAGGAGAAAACUGUUGCUCGUAACCUGUAUGCUCAGGCGAAAGCCCGUGGGAAAGCUGCCGGCAUUGUCAGGACGAACUCUCAGGCGAUGGAGACAUUUAAGACUGAAGUUCAUGUACCUCCGGGCAGUAAGGUGGAGUUCGAGCUGCACUAUCAGGAGAUGAUGCAGAGGAAAUUGGGUUUCUACACCCACACUCUGCACAUACAGCCAGGACGCCUCGUCCCAAACCUGCAGGUGGACGUGUAUAUAUUUGAGCCUAAAGGAGUGAAGUUUGUGAGGGCUCCUAACACACUAGGAGAACAGUUUGAAGGCUUGACUAAGAUCACACAUACUGGAGAGAAGGCUCAUGUGGUCUUCAAACCCAGUCUGGAGAUACAGCGAAAGUGUCCGAACUGUACCCAGAGUGCUGUGGACGGAGUCUUCACUGUCGAGUACGAUGUGGAGAGAGAAAACACUGCUGGAGAGCUCCAAGUGUCUGAUGGACAUUUUAUUAACUUCUUCGCACCAUCCGACCUUUCUCCACUUUCCAAAAACAUUGUGUUCGUGAUUGAUGUGAGUGGCAGCAUGUGGGGCCUGAAGAUGAAGCAGACAGUAGAAGCCAUGCAGACCAUCCUGGAUGACCUGACCGUAGACGACUCUUUUAGCAUCAUUGACUUCAAUCAUAACGUUCGCUGCUGGAAUGAAGAACUGGUUCCUGGAUCCUCCAUAAACGUGGACGAGGCCAAGAAAUACAUCCGCAACAUCAAACCCAGCGGUGGAACUAACAUCAACGAAGCUCUUAUGAAGGCCGUGCAGAUGCUUCUAAAAGCUCUUAAUCAGGGCCUGAUUGACCAGCGCUCGGUUUCCAUGAUCAUCCUAGUGUCUGACGGAGACCCCACAGUGGGAGAGAUAAAGCUCAGCAGCAUCCAGAAGAACGUGAAACGCGUCAUGCGGGAGGAGUUCUCUCUCUACUCGCUCGGCAUCGGAUUCGACGUGGAUUUCGACUUCCUGGAGCGCAUCGCUAUGGAAAACAGGGGAGUGGCUCAGAGGAUCCACGCCAAUCACGGUGCCUCCGAGCAGCUGAGGACUUUCUACAGCCAAGUGUCUUCACCUCUUCUGAGAAAGAUCACCAUUCAGUUCCCUGAAGACUCGGUAACGGACGUGACUCAGAAUCAGUUCGAUACGCUCUUCAAGGGCUCGGAGCUGGUCGUCGCUGGCAAACUGAAGUCCGACAGCUCGUCCCCGCUGCAAAGCUUCAUCACCGCCUCCGCUGCCACCAUGGACCUGACCCUCGAGAGCGAGGCAGACCUUCAGGAACUGGACACUCUGCUCAGCCAACAACAGCACUCGUUUUCUGGCUUCGCUCGUCAGAUGUGGGCCUACAUAACCGUCAAUCAACUGCUGGCAGAACGGGCUCUGGCUCCUUCUGCAUCAAAGAAGAGAAAGAUCACCUCCCGAAUUCUCAGACUGGCAGUGGAGCAUCAGUUCGUCACUCCUCUCACCUCUUUAAUAGUGGAGAGUGAGGACGGACCCGAGAGACUGCUGGCCGACUCGCCCAAGGACCCAAAGCAGGGAUGCUGCCAUGUAGCACUUCCUCCUACUCAACCUGUGCAGUUUGUGAGCAGUAAUCCGCCAUUCCAACCCCCAUGGGCAGUGCCCACUGCCACAGAAGGCCCAUACCAAGUUGUGAGAGAUCUGAAUCAUGAAGUAAUCACUGUGGUGGAAAACGACCCUCACUUCAUCGUGCACCUUCCAAAAAACAACAUGGAUGUCUGUUUCAACAUCGACUCCAAGCCAGGACACAUCCUCAACCUGGUAUCUGACCCUGUAAAAGGGAUCGCGAUCAACGGCCAACUGGUGAGUGCCAAGAAGAUGAAGAACAACAAACUGAACACGUACUUUGGCACCAUCUCCAUCCUUGCCAAAGAGGUUGGACUGAAAGUGGUGGUGGGCACCAACAGAAUCAACCUGAUGGAGGGAAAGAACAAUCACACGUUCUCCUGGGGAGCCACAGCUCAGCUCACGUUUAACAGGGUGAAGAUUGAGAUCCAGAAGGAGAGUAAACUGACAGUAACGAUCGAUGAUGAAUUCUCAGUCAUGGUGCUGCUGCAUCGCGUAUGGAAGAAGCAUCCAGUAAACGUGGACUACCUGGGUUUCUACACACCCAAUGAUAACCAGUACUCGUCUCAGGUCCACGGCCUCAUCGGCCAGUUUGCGAAUGAGCCCACAGUCACAGUGUUUAACGUGCAAGAAUCGAAGGAACCAGGAAAGAAACAAGCCACCAUGGACGUGAAGGGCAACAAGCUCACAGUCACCAGGGGUCAGCAGAAGGACUACCGCUGGGAUAAGAAACACGGCUCGGACGUGAACUGCUGGUUCGUACACAACAGCGGUAAAGGCUUCAUCGACGGCCACUACACCAGCUACAUCGUACCUGAUCUGGACAGCUUCCUCCGCUCUGUCUGAGUGUGUGUGUGUGUGUAUCAUCGUGUGCUUAAAUAAAACACACAUCAGGAUCAGCAGGGGGGCAGAUAAAGAAACCAGACGGAGCCAAAAGCUCUGAGAGCGAAAUAAAGAAAAGUGUAUUUUAACUGUAUAGAAGAGAUGCAUUGAAUAUCAUACCAACAGGAACAGCUGGUGCUUCACAUACACGCCGUGAAGGAAAUUAAUUCAGAAUAAAAUUCACGUCUAAGUGUACAUUGUUUAUAACGAUACUUUAUAUACCCGAUACUUUCUGUCACCAAUAUUUAAUUGCAAACUGAUUAUGAAAAUAAAGAAAAUCUGACAGAAA